AAAUGACAGCUGGUUGUUUUCAUCAACAAGGAAAAUUCAAAGUAGACAUCAGAGUGUCAUGUGGUGAACAGCGUCCAAGUCCUCCUUGUUCUGGUCUGUCCAGAGCAAACACUGACAACUGACCAAAGAGGGACCAGCAUUUCUACUGGAGACAUCUGUCCGCCCCACCAGCCACUCUGGAGCCGUCAGUACAAACACAGAAGAAGACAGUGAGCAGUGAUACUGGUCAAGUCAAGGGAAACGUCUCUCCAGCUGAGGGGGACGCUGUCCAGCGUUACGGAGCCAUGGAGCCACCAGAGGACGGUCGUACCUUUGUGGAGGUGAUGACCGAAAAGUACAGCCCGGAGAACUUCCCGUUACGCAGAGGGCCCGGUAUGGGAGUGGUGGUGGUUCCCACUGCAGGUUCUCAAGGCUCCCCUAUGAAAGACCGUCUCAACCUGCCCAGUAUUUUGGUGUUGAACAGCUGUGGGAUCAGCCGGGCAGGAGAGCAGGCUGAGAUCGGCUUUUGUGCCCAUGUCAUGGAGCUGGACCUGUCUCACAACAAGCUGCAGGACUGGCAUGAGAUCAGUAAAAUCGUGUCCAACAUCCCCAACCUGGAGUUUCUGAACCUGAGCUCUAACCCGCUGGCAGGAAACACCCUCGAGCCGCGCUGUGCUGAGGGUUUUUCCCGGGUCCGACGGCUCGUCCUCAACAACACUCAGGUGUCCUGGGAGACCGUGCUGCUGCUCACAAGGGAGAUAACUGAACUGGAGGAGUUGUUCCUCUGCCUUAACGAGUACAGUGAUGUGAGUGCCUCCAGUGUGACCUGCCCCACCUUACGCCUGCUUCACAUCACCGACAACAGCCUCCAGGACUGGGCCGAAGUCCGCAAGUUUGGCUCCAUGUUCCCCAGCCUGGACACUCUGGUCAUGGCAAACAACAACUUGGCCUCCAUUCAGGACAGCAAGGAAAUCCUGCGACGGCUCUUCCCCAACCUACGCAGCAUCAACCUGCACAACUCAGGUCUCAACCGAUGGGAGGACAUUGAGAAGCUGAACUUCUUCCCCAAGUUGGAGGAGGUGCGGCUGCAGGGCAUUCCCUUACUGCAGACCUACACCAACGCAGAGCGCCGCAGCCUCAUGAUCGCACAGCUCCCCUCAAUAUCGCUGCUAAACGGCAGCGUUGUGACUGAAAGUGAGAGAGAAGACGCAGAGAGGUUCUUCAUCCGGUACUACUUAGACUACCCUGAGGAGGAGCUGCCUUACAGAUACCACUCACUGGUGACCAAGUAUGGGAAGCUGGAGCCGCUCGCUGAGAUCGACCUCCGACCUCGCUGCCGUGCCCAGGUGGAGGUUCACUGUGAGGAAAAAGUGGAACAGCUGAGCAUCCGUUUGGACCAGACAGUGGCUGAGCUGAGGAAGCAGCUGACUACGGUGGUCCAGCUGUCCACCAACAGCAUGAGGCUCUACUACAUCGACAAGGGCAGCGCCUUCGGUCCGGAGGAAAUGAAGUACAACAACCGCGCUCUCCACUCCUACAGCAUCCAAGACGGUGACGAAAUACUGGUGGUGCCCAAGACCAAAUGAACAGCCGGUGUCCAACUGGAUAACUAGAGUGACUCGUUGAUUGAUUGGUUAAUUGGAUUAUUUGUUGAUUGGUUAACUGAAAUCGCAAAAUAAUUGGAAAACGCAUACGGAACAGCAUCAGCGGCCCACUUGUUGCAAUGGAGAGAGUAAAAGAAGAAAAUGAUGUGAACGCCAUCAUGGAAAUUGCACAGUGGACUACAGGUGGCUGCUGGGAGUCACCGGCUGGAAAUGCAGCCAUUAUGUCUUUAUUUAUUUCAGCUUUAUUUGAGGGAAUCCACUGGAGUUAGGAGACAAAUCUGUCACACUGGAGAACCGGCCGAGAGAGCAACUCGCAGUCAGCUAGCAGCUUUAGCAGAGGGGAGGGCGCUGCUGUACCAGCACAGCUUCACUGCAGCUCAAUCUCUUAGUACACGGCAUGUACCAUAGCACCUGCAUAGGCAAGUAUUCAACA